AAGGUGAAUGCUGUAACGGGAGAAAUUUGCUUAAGCACUGAGCAUGUGGUGAAGCUUAACUCGUGGCUAAGCGGGCGUGCAUGGCGAAGAGAAAUUGUGUACUCAUAGGUGUGUGAAACAAGCGGAAACAUUCCGGAAGGUAUUUGAAGAAUUCUCAUUCGCGGAGCGAACCUAUAAUAAGCGCGGUGUUGGUGUUGAGAGAAACUGCAAAGCAGACGGCAAAAAAACAAAAUCAAUCGGGAAUAAAGUUGAUCACUGCUCCUCUGUGACCUAAGCCGAGCCGAGUCGAGUGUGCUUGAUCCUGCCUGUUGCGGAGGAGAAGAGCCAGCAAUCGAUAAGGGAGUGACGCGACGCACGCGGUGGCGGUACAGAUUCUGCGAGGCAUAACCGUUGUUCCGUUUGUUGGUUGGAACAGAAAAAGCAAAACAACAAUUUCCCGAACACCGGGGGAACUCGCCCUGACAGGAGUUCUUGGCCGGGCCGGCGAACGGUGCGGUAGGUGCCGGAGCAACAGCAGCAGCAGGGGCAACAACAACAGCGGCGGUAGCGGUGCGUCAAAAUCGCGACCGAUGACGUACAGUGCCGUUUUUGGGGGUAUUUUUAGCCUCUCGACUGGGACGUUUGCUGCGGCCACAAUUUUCCACUAAAUAGUGCAAGAAGGAAGAAGUUACUUCUGGAGCAAGGUGGAAGGAACAAAAACAACAAAAGUGCAAAGUGAAUUUUAGGCCAGAAAACAAAACUCGGUGCUCGUCGGUUUUUUUUUGCUGGUUUUCUAAUGAAACGAAAAAAAAACGCGUUCCGCGGUGUGUCUGUCUGUGUACGUGUUGUGCCUUUCUGUUUCCUUUCUGCACGGUUGUCCAGAAGAAAUAAAGGCUGCAGAAAAUAACUAGCGGGAGUUUGGCCGUCAGUCUCGGAAUUGAAUUGCUAUUUAUAUGAUCCAGAACUGAUGGCGAUGCUGAUGAUGAUGAUGAUCGCCGGCCUGCAGUGAUGAUUAUGGGGAUGAUGAUGAUGAUGAUACAACAUUUGGAAAACCAUCCGACGAUUCCGGCUGGAGGAGCACUGACUGCUGCCGUUUGGCCUAUUCAUCUGUUAGCAUGGUAACGAUUGGAUUAACUGACUGCACAACAACAACAACAACAACAACAACAACAACAACAACAACAACAACUAUACAACAACGUAGGAGCUGAUAUUGCGCGGAGCGCAAUUUCCAAUCAAAAGGUGUAAUAAAAAAAAAUCACACGGUACUUAUUCGAUUUCAAAAGGCUUAAAAAUGGGGAACUCGGGUAGUAUGAAUGGUUUACCCGGAUAUGAUGAUGGCUACCAUCACACUCAGUACCAUCAUCAGCAUUCGCGCUAUCACGAGAUGCUGCGAAGUGGUGGCCAUCGGGGGGGAGCCCCUCCCGGGUGGCUUGAAGCCUACCAGCGAGAACUUCGCGGCGGCGGUGGCCAUCGAACGUUCGACAAUCGCCACGUUCACGAACCACUGGGGCAUCGAGAAUCCACCAGUAGUGGACCGAGUCUGCCACCGCCGAUGAAAGUUCUUCCCGAUAUUCCCGGACGGGUGGCAAAGCUGCGUCCAACUAAUAAUGGAAACAUUCUGCAUGCCGGAGGCACUAUUAGUAAAAAUAAUAAUCUGCAACGCUCGAAGAGUAUUUCGUCUCCGACGUAUCAGCAGCAUCAGCAGCAACAGCAGGAUAGUUUUGACGAAUCGGCGGAGAAUGGACUGCUGACCUCGCUGCCGGCGCAUAUGCUUAUGACACGCUCCCGAACGCAGGUUAAUAUGAUGGUUCCGCAAGGCCGGCGGAACUUUGAUAACUCACCGUCGAGGGCGCGAGGUUUCGCGCCCAAUCAGCAGCGCUCGAAGCAAAGCUACGAACAUGGCACGCUGAAUUCGAAACGUUUCGGAUCGGAACCCGAUCUGCGGGGGGUGGUUGCCAGCGAACAACAGCAGGAUGAAAACGUUAACGGUGGAGGUAAUGGACACCGUAACAGCAAACCGGUUCAGUCGAAGAUAAUCAAGGGGAAGAAUAAGAAGAAAGCACCGGUUCCACCGGUUGUCGAGAGGCGUGAACCGGAGAUUAUCGAAAAGCAACGCAUCAUAGCGUACUCGCCGCUGCGAAAGACCAAUUCCGACGCGUCUUCGACGCUACCGUCGUCGGACAGUAACAGUAACAAUCCGAGCCGCAAGCUGCGCCUCUUCAAGACGCGUGCCGAAACGAAGAAGAACCUCAACAUCGCCAAACUGCCGGAAGCUUCCGACGCAAAAUACUCAAAAAAUACUCAACCAAGCGGCGGACUGAAACUGCAGGUCUCGCCAACGAACAGCAGUACCUACAAACCGGCGGCCGGGCUUUGCAGCGACCCAUCGGACUUCAGUAUAGGCACCCUGGACAAGCCCGGCAAGUCCCGGCUCAAUCCAACGUCGUUUUUCCGGCGGGAAAAAACCUUCGACAUUGGUGUACUCGAGCGAGAUCGUGUUCUUCGCGGUGGCAAGUCGUCCGCCGAACAUGUGCCAGAAAUCAAACCGACCAUGUCGCCGCCGAUUUCCCGACGGAAGUCCAUCGUCAAGUCGCUGCUGGAAAAAGAUCAACAAGAGCAACAACAGCAACAACAACAGCAACAGCAUCUGAAUAGAGUGGCCUCCGUGGAGCCGAAGCUCAAGCCCAAAAUCCAAGAAGACAAACGUAAGCAAUCGCGUCCGGCACCAGUUGAAUCGCCCAUGACCGAUUUCCAGAAGGAGUUGCAACAGGCAACCCGUAAAAAAUCCACACUCACCGUGAGCAACUCCAAUCCCGGUCAAUCGCAGCCAAAAGCUCCGCUGUCAUCGCGCAAAAGUGCCGACUCAAAGCCAGCUGGCAAACAAUCAGAACCGGUGAAAAACAGUCUCAUAAUAACGGUGGAAUCAAAAUCCGACAGCGAACGGGAGAAGUGCUCGAUCAGUCCGCCACCACCUCCGCCGCCGCUACCGAAGAGCAGCUUCUACUUCGGUAUGGUUGCGAAUUCCACGAGCCCGACCAAGCGGGAGUCGAAAAUCUCCCCGACCGUCCUGUCGAAGGCCCGAAUGAUCGAAACCCGAGUCGAUUCCGAUCAUGAAUCGAUGGAAGACGAACCCGGCCGGUUGCUGCUGCUGCAGCACGACGACGAUCUGCCGGACGAUCCGGAAAUGGACAAAACUCAACUGGACGCAAUUGAUCGCUUCGCCGCCAGUCUGCUGAACGGAUCGAAGUUCCACACGUCCGGGUCGGAUUCGGCUGCCUCCUCUGAGGUGGAUAUUCGCACCAAUUCCGGUGAUGUCGACUCCGAGGGGCAGGAAAUCUCGCUAAAACUGCGACCUACGCUUCCCCGCAAGCAGUUUGAAAUCCCACGCUUCAGCCCGGCAGCCGCCUGGCGGCUGUUGACCACUGAGGAUGACUUUGGAAGAGACUCCACCGAGCUGUUUCCGUUCGUGGAGAAGAAAACUAUGCUUCGUAGUUUGGAGGCCGUUGAUGCGGCUGCUGAGGAUCGGAUCGAACGUAUCUAUCGUGAGCCGAUUCCUGGUUUGCAGGACAAUAAAAGUGGUGACAGUGGCAUCUCCGGAGAUGCUGGUCUUCCCGAUAUUGGGGAAGCUCAAAUGCUUACUUCGAGCAAGGAACGCGAUUCGCCCGAAAGUUCUCCGGUGGAUGACUCGGCAAAUAAUGCCUGGUCUUCGAGUGCACUCCGACUAACCCCGUGGACACCGCAGCAGGACCUGGAGGAUGACGAUGAUACAACCGGAAGCAGUGACAAUCGACAGCUGAUCGAGGAAACCCCGCUGAGCAGUGGACCGAACGAUUUUUCCAGCAAGGGACAUUUGUUUAGCCUUUCGUUACCGAGGGAAAGUCAUCUGUCCAUCUAUGCUGGUCCUGGAAACGGUGAGAAGGCUGAGAAGCAAAUGUUCAACAGUCUUCAAAAGCUACGCAAGUCGGUCUCGGAUGUGUUCACCAGCGAUGCGGACGUUAGCCCCCUGGAAAGCGGAGACAAUUGGUUCCUCUCGCGGCUAGAAUCUCCAACGAUCAGCAAACCCUACGAAAAACGCCAGCUAAGUCCAACAACGCCCAAGCAAUCGCCUCCGGAAACGCCAGCCAACGGCCUAAAGAAGGACGAAACAUCAACGUUCGGCAAACCAACGAAACAUUCCGCCAUUUCCUACGUCGUAAGCGGAAGGCACAUGAUGUACCUGCCGAAGGAUGCAACCAAGGUGAUACCGAACGGCGGAACCCCGGGCAAGAACGACCAGAACAACAACCAAGUGCCAGAAGUCCCAGCCCAGCCGGUCAGCACCACCACCACCACCACCAACGGCAGCAAAUCGCACGCGGAAAAGCGACGGGAAAGCAAACAAAACAUGCAGGAUCCGGUACCGGAUCCGGAGGAAGCGUUCCCGGUCAAGAUUAGCCACCGCAAGAACCAUCGGUUCACCUUCCAGAGCACGAUCCGGCAGAUCGAGAAACGACGCGUCGCGGAGAAACUUUCGCGCGAGGCCGAAAUCAAGGAAGCGAUGCGGCUGAGCGAACUGGAAGCGAUGCGACGGGUCGAGGAAGAGUUCCAGAAGAAGCGGGCCCGCGAGAAGGCCUCCAUCCGGCACCAGUUGCGGUUGUUCACGAUGGAGGAAACCGGACAGACGUUCGAUGGAAAUGAGGAGGAUGAGGCAAUCGAAAUGAGCAAACGCAACGAACUGGAAGUGGAUCAAGUGCCCCAACUGCCCAAAACAAAUGGUUUGUACCGAAAGAAGGAUUCGACUUCGGAACGGGCUCCCUACAUGAAUGGCCAAUCUCGACGGCUGAGCCAAUCACGCUUCCAUGCAGGAUUGGAGCGAAAGUUUUCCUCCGGUGUAGAUCAACAGCCGGAUGAUGAUUUCAACAGUGACGAUGACGACGAUGAAGAAAAUGACGCCGGUAAGGGGCAGAACAACCAUAACGGCAACGGGCACAACGGAGAUGACGACGACGAUGACGACGUCGACAGUAGCUUGGGGUACGUCGACACUCGGACACCGUACAUUUCGCGGAUCAUCCAGGCUAAAAGCAGCAAGAGUUACAGCGCACUGAAGAAAUAAUCACGCCGCCGUCGCGCCCGUCGUUGGUGGACGGCCAUCUAGUCAUCGUGUGAAUGUGUGUUGCAGUGCAGUGGCGGCCCCGACCCCGGACAAUGUUAAUUUUACUAGACAAUUUCUGUUCCAACGAAAGCUCAAUCUUCUUGAAAAAAAAACCCACAACGUACUCAAUCCUCAGCUAGU